AUGUCAGACCUUCCCUCCGCCAUCCACCCUGACAUCCUCCCCCGCCUCGACCCCGAGUACGUCGCAAUCCACAAUGCCCAUAUAGCACACCGUGUCCCCCCGCACACGAUACCAUGGCAUCCAGAUAUCAGGAAGGCGCCCUAUAUCCCCGGUGGCUCCCCUGUUAGGACGGUCGGGGCUGUCAAGGACAUCAGUUUGCAGAACUGCAAGAUUCGGGCUUUCAUUCCUGAGGGAACCGCCCCUCCAGAAGGGUGGCCGGUAUUACUGUACAUCCAUGGGGGUGGAUGGACGCUUGGGAGUAUCGACACACUGAACUCGUUCAUCUCGCGUCAAUGCAAAGAGAACAACUGCGUUUCGGUGGCCUUGGACUACCGCUUAGCUCCCGAGGACCCAUAUCCUGCAGCAGUCGAGGACACUGUUGACGCAUUGAAAUUCAUCUAUCAUAAUGGGAAGGCAGAGUUUAAUGCAAACGUGAACAAGAUCGCAGUCGGAGGGUCGUCCAGUGGCGGCAAUUUAGCGGCAAUCGCAUGUCUCAAGGCGCAAGAACUCACGCCUCCUAUCCCCAUCAUCUUCCAGCUAUUGCUUGUGCCUGUGACCGACAACACGGCAUCCGUCACUGACGAGCGAUACCCGUCUUGGAAAGAGUGCCAGAAUACUGUUUGGCUGUGCGAAGGGCGGAUGAUGUGGUUCCGCAACAUGUACCUUCCUGAUCCCGCGACCUGGACAGAUCCAGACAACUCGCCAAUAUUUGCGUCGGAUGAUUUGCUUGCCAAGGUCCCGCCUGCAUUCAUCGGUGUCUGUGAACUCGAUAUUCUGCGGGAUGAAGGAAUUGCAUAUGGCGAGAGGUUGAAGUCUCUCGGGGUGAAGGCAGAAAUAAAGGUGUAUCCGAGUGCGCCGCAUCAGAUUCUUGGGAUGGACGCUGCACUGAAGGUUGGGAAGCAACAAGCUGAUGACUCCAUCAAGGCGGUGGGUGAUGCUUUCAAAGCAGCAUAG